UCCAGCUGGGAAGAUAUAGAUAAGAACAUAUUUGCGACCUACAGAUCCUGAACUUCCACCGGGAAAAUGAGGACUACCUUACUGGGCGUCAUAUGGCUGUGUCUCGGCCUGUACCUGGAUGCAUUGUCUUUGAGUGGACAGAGGAUAGAGACAGUGGAUGGAGAGGGAAGUCAGGCGGCAGUCAGAGGAGAAAAGCUGCUCAAACGAGUAAGACGGGGCUGGAUGUGGAACCAGUUUUUCCUAACAGAGGAGUACACAGGCAGUGACUAUCAGUACAUUGGCAAGCUCCAGUCAGACCAGGACCAUGGCAAUGGCUUAGUGAAGUAUGUUCUGUCUGGCGAGGGGGCUGGUUCCAUCUUUGUCAUCGACGAGAAUAACGGCGACCUGCACGCCACCCGCCGCUUGGAUCGUGAAGAAAAGGCUUUUUAUAUCCUCAAAGCCACGGUGGUCAACAAACGGACGGGUCAAAAGCUGGAACCAGAGACGGAGUUCACCGUCAAACUCCACGACAUCAACGAUAAUGAGCCUCAGUUCAGCAAAGAGGUUUACACUGGGAGCGUACCUGAGAGGUCUGACAUCGGUACAUCAGUCAUCCAGGUGACAGCUACAGAUGCUGAUGACAGUAUGUAUGGGAGCAGUGCCAAACUGGUGUACAGCAUCAGCCAGGGACACCCAUACUUCUCUGUGGACCCGAACACAGGUGUGAUCCGGACAGCCUUGGGUCCUGGUGACAUGGACCGCGAGCAGAGGGAGCACUACCAGGUGGUGAUCGAGGCCAAAGACAUGGGCGGACAGAGAGGAGGGCUCACUGGGACCACAGUGGUGAACAUCACUCUCACUGAUGUCAAUGAUAAUCCUCCCCGCUUCACUCAGAGUAUUUACCAGUUCAGAGUUCCUGAGUCGUCCAAGUCUGGCACUCCAGUCGGGAGAAUUCAAGCCACUGACAGAGACAUUGGGAAGAACUCUGAGAUGUACUUCACCAUCGUCAGUGGAGAUGGUAUGGACAUGUUUGAGAUCUCCACAGACAAAGACACCCAGGAGGGAGUCAUCACCGUGAGCAAGCCUUUGGAUUAUGAGAAGAAGCCGUCGUACACGGUAGAGAUCCAGGUCCAGAACACCCAGGUGGACCCUCGCUUCAUGUCCGCUGGCUCCAAAGACAUGGCCACAAUCCGGAUUGGUGUGGAGGAUGUAGAUGAGCCACCGCUGUUCGACAAGGCCAGCUAUCUGAUGGAGGUGAAGGAAGACGCUGAGGUGGGCGUGGCUGUGGGCUCUGUCAGCGCCAUGGACCCUGAUGGUGUCCGCAGCAUGGUCAAGUACUCGAUUGACCGUCGCACCGACAUGGACCGCCUGUUCAACAUCCAUCCAGGGAAUGGCUCCGUGUUUCUGCUCAAAGGCCUGGACAGAGAGGAGACGGCCUGGCAUAACAUUUCAGUCAUUGCCACUGAGUUCAGACAUUUAAAUAAUCCCCGUCAGAGCAGCCAUGUUCCCGUCUAUAUUCGCCUGCUGGACAUCAACGACAACGCUCCCACCUUCGCCACCAUCUAUGAAACCUUUGUCUGUGAGAGAACCAAGGCUGGUCAGCGUAUCCAGACGGUCAGCGCUGUUGAUGCCGAUGAGCCAUCGUCAGGACACAAGUUCUAUUUCAGCCUUGCUUCUGAGGGGACGCACCGCAGCAACUUCACCGUCCGAGACAACGGAGAUAACACUGCCGGCAUCUUGACACGUCGAGCUAGCUACAGCCGCCUACACCAGAGCGUCUACCUGGUUCCCGUGGUGAUCACUGACGGUGACUACCCCAUGCAGAGCAGCACCGGGACCCUCACUGUGAGGGUGUGCACCUGCGACCGCGACGGCAACAUCGAGCUGUGCAACACUGUGGCUCUGAGCAGCUCUCCUGGCCUCAGCACUGGAGCGCUCAUUGCCAUCCUCCUGUGUGCCAUCAUACUGCUGAUGAUCGUGGUUCUCUUCACGGCAUUGAAACGCCAAAGGAAGCAGGAACCUCUCAUCAUCUCUAAGGAGGAUGUCCGGGACAACGUGGUGAGCUACAAUGAUGAAGGCGGCGGUGAGGAGGACACCCAAGCUUUUGACAUCGGAGCACUGCGACACCCGGAUGCUGCCGCAGCCUUAGAGGAAUCUGCCAAGCAGAGGCGUGACAUCAUCCCCACCGACACCCUGCUGUACCCACCACACCGCCGCCCCGCCCCUGCUGCCUCUGGCCUCAUCAUGCCACCGGUCAGCUUGGGAUCACGGGAUAACGGGGACGUACGCGAAUUCAUCAACCAGCGAGUUCUGGAGAACGACUGUAACCCGACAGCACCACCGUACGACUCGCUGGCCACCUACGCCUACGAGGGCGCUGGCUCGGUGGCUGAGUCUCUGAGCUCGUUGGGCUCGGCUUCGUCUGAGGCUGAGCAGGACUACCACUACCUGAGUGACUGGGGGCCCAGGUUCAGGAAACUAGCUGACCUGUACGGGGCCGAGGACAGUGACUUCUCCUAA